AUUAAAUUUAAUAUUUUAUUUUAUUAAACAAAAUUCUCCGUCUAUUUAAAUUCUAAAUAGUUAAAAUGGGUGACACAAAAAAACCCGAUAACCCUCAGGGUGACGAUAAAGACAAGAGAGUUAAAAUACAGGUAGAAGGAGAAUAUGAGGUCGGCGAGGGAGAAACUGGAAGAAAAAAAAUGAAAAGAUUUCAGUUACCUAAUUUACCAAGAUGGUGGCAGGCAAAAAUCAUACAAUAUGCUUUUACUCAUCCACAUGUCCGGGCCCGCCUCGAGAAGCAUAUGGGCUCGAAUCUCGUUCGGCUCACCGACAAAACCUACAUGACUGAGUUGGAAGAGAGAAUUCGAGCCGUUAACGAGGAAAACCUCAACAAGAGGAUCUCCUCCAGAGUCCUUGACGAAAUGGAAAGAUUGAAACGUCUAAUCCUCGUUGGUAAGACACCACUAAAAGAAUGUCCACCCGAGCUCUUCCAUCAUCCUGUGUUCGUAUUUUGGCGAAUGGUGAAUAAAGAAGUUGCAAGAGCCGCAAAGAAACGUGCUGAUGCUUACUAUAGAAAAUUAAAAGCAUCGCAAAAAAUUGAUCAGACGGUCGAUGAAGAAGCCGAAGCCGAAGUUGCAAGUGAAGAAAGUGAGCAGCUAACACCAGAACAAUUGCUUCGGAAGUGUGCUGAAGAGUUAGAUGAACUCAAACGAGCGGACAUUGAUAAGGGCGUUCGUUUCACAGACGAGCAAUUUGCUGUUCUCAAAUAUGAAACCAAUGAUGUCAAAACACUAAAAAGUCUUACGACAGUGGAGGAGCUAUACGCUUUAGCUGAUAAAAUAAUUGGAACAAAACGUCUAUAAAAUGGUAUAUUUUAAGUGAAAAGUUAUUACGUAAUGUUAUUAAUUUACGUGUUUUUUGUUGAAUUCGCAUUGUUUUAAAAGUAUAUGUCAAUAUUUUUAAGUAGAAAGUCAUUUUGAUAGUGCUGUUAAAACCAGUUUAUA